AUGUACAUAACCACUGCGACGAUGCAUCGCUUUCUACUAUUAUCAAUAAUCAUCGCGAUCGCAGCUCCACUGGUCGGGUCCGUCCCAACCGAAGCCCGGAGCCACAAACCGAAACAAGUAUACAAAACAACACACAAGUACCCCCUGGCAAAUCCAGGAAACAUCCCAGCUCACGACCCAAACAUCAUCUUCCACAACGAGCACUACUACCUCUUCAAAGGAGGGAUCAACAUCCCAAUCCUCAAAUCAGCCAACAUAUCAGGUCCAUGGGAAGAGCUCGGCACAGUUCUAGCGGGCGACAGCAAAAUCAAAAAAGGCAACCGAGCCCGACCAUGGGCGCCGACAACAAUCGAAAAAAAUGGCACGUUCUAUUGUUACUACACGAUCAGCGCAAAAGGGUCCCGCAACAGCGCCAUUGGCGUCGCAACGACGAGAGCCCUUGAUGGCAAUCCCUGGACCGACCAUGGUGUCGUCAUUAAUACAGGCAAAGGCCCUGGGUCCAAGACCUGGCCGUACACGAUCACGAAUGCGAUUGAUGCGUCUGUGAUCGUUGAUCAGGGUUCUGGACAGGCUUAUCUCAACUACGGAAGCUUCUGGCAUGGUAUAUGGCAGGUGCCAUUGGAUGAUGAUUUGCUUUCUGUGAAGAAUGCGAAUGGGCCAGAUGCGGUGCAGUUAACUUUUAUGCCGGACGAGAAGAUCAGGCCUGAGGAGGGUGCUUGGAUGAGUUUUCGUCAAGGGUUCUAUUAUCUUUGGUUUAGUCAUGGGAACUGCUGUAACUUCCGAAAGGGGUUCCCUAAGCGUGGGAAGGAGUAUAGCAUUCGCGUUGGCAGGUCGAAGAAUGUGCGUGGGCCUUUUGAGGAUAAAAAGGGCAAGUCAUUGGUCGACGGCGGUGGUACGGUGGUCUAUGGUUCGAAUCAUGGGGUUGUGUAUGCGCCUGGUGGUUUGGGUGUUUUGGAUGCGAAGAAUGAUUCUGCGCCGGAUAUUCUCUAUUAUCAUUAUUUGAAUACGUCUAUUGGCUUCAAGCAUGGGCAAGCCCAGCUAGGCUGGAACUACCUGGACUAUGAGGAUGGAUGGCCGGUGCCUUUUGGAGGUCAAAAUGCCACAGCCAAUGUUGCCCUCGGUUACGGGCCUCCUAGUUGGGGUUAUAUGAUGAUGAUCUUUGGUUUAUGGCUGUGCAUAUACAGGUAA